CGAUAGGGAGGCGGACGAGGGUCGGAGCGCGUUCCAGAGAAAAUAGGGAAAAACGAUGAAUACGCGACGAACGCAAUAAAAAUUUGUGAUAUUUCGGGGCGGAAAAGGUCGAAGGUGCUUGGUGAAUGGUUGCCUGAAGUUGAAGUCAAUUAUUUUUUACAAGAUAUAGUUGCUAGUGCUUGUGUUUUUCGUACGUUUGUUUAUGCUUAAGUGCCUGUUAGCGGUAGGAAAAUGCGUCUUUUGGAGUAGCGGGUUUGAAGGUUGAACGAUUGAGGUUUACGAUAAUAAAGACCCAAUAAAUGAAAAAUUUAAUGGAAACCGCAAUUUACAACCUAUACUUUUUUGUAUGACCGCCAACGUGGACCAGCAGCCGGUGCGUUUGUUCGUUUAACAGAUACGAGUCGUUCCGGCGGCGAAAACAUCAAACUGAAGCUGAAACACGGACAAGAGUACGACCUCCUCAUUGUCGACUACGAGCCGCCACUGAUGGAGAACUCCGAAGCGGACGACGAAACGGGUUGGAAUUGCAGCGUCCAUCCCAGCGUCUUCUUUCUCCUAGGUACGUUGGUGUUGACGACUUGCGCGACCGGCAUGCUGUGCGCGGCCAUCAUGACCGAUCACUGGGAGGAGGUGACGUGGGACAAGCAAAGCCUCGAGAUGCUGGCCAAUAGCACGAUACGUUUGGAGUGGCUGCUGGACACCACCGUGGCUCGAGUAGCUACCAGCGAUAAGGACAGGACCAUAGCUUUCUUGGUACCCAUGCACGGUGGCAUUUGGACGCUUUGCGUCAGUUUAACAGAUGAAGAAAUCGGUUUAUUAGGCCGAGUGGGCUUCCCAACGGUCCAAUCAUGCGUAAACUACUUAGCAGGAGGUAUAGAUGGUUUAAAGGGAUAUGAACCCAGAACCGAUUGGCAGCACAGGAUGCAAAAUUUGUCCAUAUCCUGCGCGUUAGUGUGCCUGAUAGUCCUGGGAAGUGCGGCCCUCGUGGGCGCCUUCGGAGUCUUCCAGCAUCAAAUUAGUGCCGUCCUAGUAACAGGUGUCAUGUAUUUGUUAGCGGCAUCCUUCGCUCUCUUCACCUUGACGAUUAUACAUUUCAAGCGAAUGCACACUCCUCCCGACAUGGCCGAGACCACGGCCGAGGGGACCGUGGACGGCGUCGUGAGCCCCACCGGGGGCCGGUUGAUCAAGCAUUUAUUACCGGCCAGGAUGUUUACCACGUCUUGGUCGUUGGAUUUGGGCUGGGGGGGAGUCAUGCUGUGCGUAAUGACUUCGGUACUGUGGAUAUUGUUGUCUAAAAUAAUGAGAUUCAACCCCAUUUCGAGCAUGAUAAAUUAAGCAAUGCGUGGUACUAAUUUUUCUACGAAUUUGUAUGAGCUCGAUUGUUUGGAAAAACUUUACAGGGUGUUCAAUUGACCUACGUGAAAAGUUG